UCAUCUGUCAGCGCGAAAUCCUCACCACAUGUGCUGGCUGUAGAUGACAGUGCUAUAGAUAGAAAAGUUAUAGAAAAGCUGCUCAAAAACUCUUCUUACAAAGUAACAGCAGUUGAUAGUGGAAGAAAAGCUCUGGAGUUCCUCGGAUUAUGUGAUGACCACAAUGUUGUAAAUGAGAAAAAUGAAUUGAAGGUGAAUAUGAUAAUGACAGACUACUGUAUGCCAGGAAUGACAGGCUAUGAAUUGCUUAAGAGAAUUAAGCAGGAAUCAAGACUGAAGGAGAUUCCAGUGAUUAUCAUGUCUUCUGAGAAUGAGCCUUCCCGGAUGAGCAGAUGUAUGGACGAAGGAGCAGAAGAAUUCAUAUUGAAGCCAGUGCAGAUGUCAGAUAUAGAACGACUGAAAGAAGCAUACAAUUACAGCUCAUAUGUACAUACAUUUCAAAAAAAUGUGAACUAA